AUGACAGCCAAAUCAAAAAUUUUGGUUGUUGGAGGGGGAGGCGUCGGCGCCAUCGUUGCUUUGAACUUGGACUCAGCAUCCGGUACGGAGGUUACUUUAGUCCUGAGAUCCAACUACACGGCCGUCACACAACACGGAUUUGAAAUACAGUCAUGCGAUCAUGGAAGACUAGUUAACUGGCGACCCUGGAAAAUUGUCAACAAAAUCCCACAUAUCUAUUGCGGUGAGGAUGCCUUCGACUUCGUGGUCGUCACAGCAAAGAAUAUACCAAAUUCCUCCGCAGACCUGGCCUCCCAAAUUUCACCAUCAGUCACUCCUGGAAUCACAACUGUCGUUCUGAUACAAAACGGACUCAACAUAGAACGACCUUAUCUCGAGAGAUGCCCUAGAAACAUCAUGCUGUCUGGAAUCAGCAUGAUUGGCUCCGAGGAAACCAAACCCGGCUUUAUCAAGCAUUCAUUUGCCGACCAUCUCACAAUAGGACCUUUCCGCAAUCCCAACCUUGAGACUACUAAAGAAAUCGAAGAGGCAGAAAGGUUUGUAGAUAUCUACUCUGCUGGAGGUAAAACCUUCUGCAUAUACGACAAAAACGUCCUAUGGAAUCGUUGGAAGAAAUUGGUCUACAAUUCGUCCAUGAAUCCUAUUUGCGCUAUCACGGGGCUAGAUGCCGGCCAAAUCAGAAGGGCCGGUGAUUCUAUUGCUACACUAGUGAGUGAUUCUAUGCGCGAGAUAGAAGCUGCCGCAAAGGCGUCGGGGUAUGAGCUUCCAGCGGAUAUUGUCGAAUACAUGGCGACUGUCGACCCCGUCGAAGACCGGUUCGCGCCAAGUAUGCUUCAGGAUGUUAGAAAGGGUAACUCGAUUGAGUACGAAUAUCUUCUUGGAGAGCCACUGAGAGAGGGCAAGAGGCUUGGGGUGGCAAUGCCUGUUUUGUCUACAUUAUACGCGUUGUGCUCAGCUAUCCAAUGGCGCACCAAGGAGGAGCGGAAUCACUGA